GCAGGUGUCAACACAUUCCGUGCUGUAUGAAGACACGAUAAGUUUUUUUUUUAUUAUUAUUGUUUUUGAUGUGAGAGGGUUCCUAAAGUAAGGAUCCUAAGAGUUUUGUGAACUUUACACAACAUAUGUAAACAUAACACACGGGGCGGGGUCUUACUGAAUAGGCUACUUAGUGAACACUAUACGCGCGAGACUGACGAGGUAUUUUGCUGAGCUCUAGUGCGCUGCAGGGCUUCCGUGAACACGCCGUAUCUGUCAUUGGAGUUACUUAUGAUCUUGCGAGUAAGAUUGCUGUGUUGAAUUUAACCAGAAUCUCAACCAGGAAGACGCGAACUAUUAUUGUUCUCAGCUGCCGGACUUUCAGCACAGCAGCAUGGCAUCAAAGUCCAAUCUAACGGACAAUCUGCAUGACCUUCAUCUGGAGGAUGAAGGGCAGCAUCGCAAUCGUUCAGAGGUGAAGAUGAGCCAGAUAGUGCUGCCCUGCCAUGCCAACCACUGCGGAGAACUGAGCAUCGGACAGCUGCUCAAAUGGAUGGACUGCACAGCAUGUCUGUCUGCGGAGAGACACGCUGGAUGCCCGUGUGUGACAGCGUCUGUUGAUGACAUCUACUUCGAGCACACCAUUGGUGUUGGACAAGUGGUCAACAUUAAAGCCAAAGUCAACAGGGCCUUCAACUCAAGCAUGGAGGUGGGGAUAGAAGUCAGCUGUGAGGACCUGUACAGUGGCCGUCAUUGGAGAGUGUGUCAGGCAUUUGCCACAUUCGUCGCCAGACGCACAGAUGGAAACAGGGUGCAGCUGAAGCAGGUUGUGCCCUGCACACACCAAGAGCAGGUGGAGCACAGUUUAGCAGCUGAGAGGAGGAGGAUGAGACUUGUUCACCAUGACAUCAUGCAGGACUUGCUCAACAACAAGACCUUUCAGAGAAGUAUCAGUGACGAGAACCGUGAUGAAGACGAGGCUGUGCCUACAGAAAGAACAAGAGUGGAAAGUGUCGAGCUAGUACUUCCUCCUCACGCCAAUCACCAGGUCAACACAUUCGGAGGCCAGAUUAUGGCCUGGAUGGAAAAUGUCGCCACUAUUGCAGCCAGUCGUUUAUGCAAUGCUCAUCCUACUAUGAGGACCAUAGACAUGUUUUACUUCAGAGGCCCGUCCCAGGUUGGAGAUCGUUUGGUUCUGAAAGCCAUUGUCAAUAACACAUUCAAGAACAGUAUGGAGGUAGGCGUCUGUGCAGAAGCCUAUCACGGAGAGGAACCUCUGAGGCACAUUAACAGCGCCUUCAUGACGUUUGAGGUGCUGGAUGAGAAAGGAAGGCCACGUCCACUACCUCCCAUAAAGCCUGAACCUCAGGAGGGACAUAGGAGAUACCAGGAGGCUCUUGCCAGGAAGAAGAUUCGACUUGAUAGGAAAUACAUCAUCUCAUGUAAGCAGACUGAAGUGCCACUGUCUGUCCCAUGGGACCCUAGUAAUCAGGUGUAUCUGAGCUUCAAUAAUGUGUCGGCCCUGAAAAUGCUUGCAGCUAAAAACAACUGGGAACUCAGCUCAAAGAAGAACCAUGUGAGUCUGUAUACAGUGGAGGAGAGUCGGAGUCUGUGUUUUAGGGUGGAGUUUAAGAUGGAUAUCCCAGCACAAAGGGCCUUCACCCUCCUCUCAGAUCUCAACCGCAGACAGGAAUGGGAUCAACACUACACUCUGUGUGAGCUGCUCAUUAAGGUCGAUGAGGAUGAUUCCAUCUAUCGAGUUGUUACUCCUUCGGUCAGUGAAGGAGGAAAAGUUCAGGAAUUCAUUUUACUGGCCUCUAGAAGACCGCCUUGUGAUAGCGGGGAUCCGUAUGUUAUUGCCCUACGAUCAGUUUCUCUACACACUCAUCCACUCACAGAGGAGUUCAACAGGGGUGAGGUGGUCUGUGCUGGGUUUACCAUUUAUGAGGUGUCGAAAAGUGUCUCAAAGAUUUCCUACUAUAAUCAGGCCAGUCCAGAAGUGAUGCCGUACAUCUCCACUGACAUCGCAGGCCUCUCAUCUAGUUUCUACUCAAUAUUCUGUGCAUGCAGCCAGUAUCUGCUGGACAACAUAGUCAGCACCCCUACAUUAACCCCUCCUACAUUAUGACUUGCUGCCGUCGUUUAUGCUUUUAAAGUGGCCAGAUCCAAUACUUUUGUAGCAUUUCAUUCUUUUUCCCUCUUAAAGGUGCGGUAUGUAAUAUUGACAGCUAGUGGUUGAAAUGGGUACUGCAGUCUAAAUUCAAAAUAUUGGACAGAGUUGUUUCUCCCACCCCUCCUCCUCAGACUCGACGCUCACACUGAUUGCCAGUUUGAGGACACGCAACAGGAGCAAGUGCAAUUGACAAUGGAAGGUGACAAGGCUUACACUGUAAGAUGAUGAGUUGAUUUAUCCAUGUUUUAAUAUGCCUCAGGAUAUAGAGUUUUUUUGAUGGAUGCUGAAGCUUUUUAGGUCAGGUAGAAUCUGCAAUCUCUGCCCUAGUCUGUUUGCUGGCUUCCAUGGAUAUAAUACGCUGUGUUUUCCACCAACUGGCAACCUGGAGUGUCGAAAUACUAUUGGGUAAAUUGGCAGUGGGCGAAACCACACAGACCAAAACAAAAACAGACAUUCCGACACGGAGCGUACAUUUCAAAGUAGAAUAACUUGCUGUAGCAUUGUUUUUCUGAGAAACAAGUACUGUAUAUGAACAAGUAUAUGUUUCCUAAAUCUCUGCAAACAUAUUAUGGUAUUUUUGUGCUUUAGUACAGUCAAAAAAAUUACAUACAGCACCUUUAAAGGGUUAGUUCACACAAAAAUGAAAUUUCUGUCAUUAAGUACUCGCCCUCAUGUUGUCCCAAACCCGUAAGACCUUCGUUUGUCCUCAGAACACAAAUUAAGAUAUUUUUGGUGAAAUCCGAGUGUAUCUUUUGAGGUCCAGAAGCGUAUUAAAAGACAUCGAUAAAACGGUCAACGUGACUACAGUGGUUCAACAUUAAUAUUAUAAAGCGAAGAGAAUAUUUUUUGUGUGCAAAAACAAAACAAAAUAACGACUUUUUCAACAAUAUCUAGUGAUGGGCGAUUUCAAAACACUGCUUCAUGAAGCUUCGACGCUUUAUGAAUCUUUUGUUUUGAAUCAGAGGUUCGGAGUGCCAAAGUCACGUGAUUUCAGUAAACGAGGCAUUGUUACGUCAUAAGUCUUUUGAAAUUUCAGUGGUUCACGUGACUUUGGCAGUUUGAUA